CGACCCAACUGAAGUGGGAUGUCUGUGUAACCGGCGGCGGCGACGGUGGAUUCUCGACGUUAUACCUGCUGAAGCAACCUCAGCCACACCCGCUACUAUAUGGCGACAUCAGGUGUCUGGGAGAAGACAUCCCUCUGGCUGGCUCAAUGUCUCAAAGAUUUGACGCUGUGGUCCUUGAUGUCAGGGCUGUUACUGGUUUCUGUCUUCAUACCGUUAGCGUUGGCAUGCCUCAGAUGGUUCCGUAUAUGGUGGAUGCUACGUGGUUUUCCUGGCCCGGUGGGACCUCUUUCAUUCGCUUGGAGGAUGUACCGGUUUCGAAGAUCUCAUCCUGGGCUGGACUUCAAUGUGGGAACCCUGAAACUUUUCGACGAUUUAUCCAAUGAGUAUCUUGAGGAGAAACUCUAUCGUGUCUACCUGGGUCUGAAGCCACAUGUCCUCGUUUAUGCUGCCGAUGGUGUGCAGGCCGUGCUGUCUCAAACCAAAGACCUGGACAAAGCGUCUGUCUACAAGCUGCUAAAAAAUUGGAUGGGCAACGGUUUAAUCACAAGUUCUGGACACGCCUGGAAGCCACGGCGUCGUCUCAUCACACCUGCGUUUCACUUUCGAAUCAUGGAGGACGCAUUGGACCCCAUAAACACAGCAGCCAGGAGUCUCACAGAUAAACUGAGUCAGCUUUCCAACCAAGAAGGGUUAGUCAACGAUCUGGUGCUCCAGGUACAGCACUGUACACUACGCGUGAUCUGUGAAGCUGCCAUGGGAGUGGACAUUGAGACGCUGCCGGAGUCAGGACGCUACGAGAAAGCGGUGGUCGAUGCCAGCGAGUGCUUCAUGGAACGAUUCCUACGUCCAUGGCUGUGGAACCCAGCCAUCUACCUAUGCACCAGCGGUGGACGUCGAGAAUGGCGCAGUACGGCCACGAUACGGGAGUUUUCUCUCCAGGCGAUUGAAGCACGUAAAACGUCCCUCCUAGAAGAAAGAUCCAAAGGGAAGAUCGGGAGUGAGCUAACAGCACCGGCGAACAAGGGCCGACAGUGCUUCAUGGAUGUCUUACUGGACAUGCAUCUUCGUUCAGACGAGAACGGAAACCCUGAGAACAACCUCUCACUGCAAGACGUCCGGGAAGAAGUGGACACAUUUAUGUUCGCGGGACACGAUACAACAACCGCUGGCAUCUCGUUCUGUCUUUACCUUCUGGGGCAUUCGCCUGAAGUUCAACAGAAAGUUUACGACGAACUGGUGUCUGUUUUCCAAGGGUCAGACCGCCCGGUGACUCUCGAGGACAUAAAGGAACUGCGGUAUCUAGACUGCGUCAUUAAGGAGAGUAUGCGAAUUUACCCGCCGGUUCCCAUGAUUGGACGAUCCCUAAAGCAAGAGCUCAACAUAGGAGGCCGUGUUGUGCCCGCGGGUUGCAAUGUGAUGUUGUUCUUGCUGGCUUUGAACAAAGAUCCAAUAAUGUUCCCUGAACCGGAGAAGUUCAACCCAGAGAGGUUCCUACCCGAAAACGCGAAAUCCUUGCAUCCGUAUGCCUUCGUACCUUUUUCAGCCGGACAGCGGAACUGCAUAGGUCAGCGGUUGGCCCAGAUCGAGAUGAAAGCUAUGCUUGCAACUGUUCUGCGACAGUGCCGCGUCAUUUCCCUGGACCCACGAGACGAGCUUCAAUUAGCCAUGGAGGUUGUGUUACGACCCAAGACGCCGCUACGACUUCGGUUUGAGUCGAGAAAGUGAUAACGAAAACAACUUUCAAAUAAGAAUUUUAAGAAGUAGCAGUGUUAUGUUGUGCUUUCUGCUUUCAGGACGUGAAAUGUGCAUUAGGGAUCUCAGCCUAUCUCAUAGCAUCCCGGCUACAGUCGUGAUGCUGCACACAUGAGUGCUCGAGACAAACAACGGUAACCAUAUUUGUCUGUCUGUAACGGUCGAUCGGUCGGUCGGUCAAUCAAUCAAUGCGUCAUUUAUGUGCAAUAAACUUGGUAGCUAUUUUUUUUUUU